AUGAGCACCGCACCCACUACUGAAGUGCUAUAUGCGCUGACUGUGGCCAAAUCUCCGGCUAGACCUAGCCCAGAGGAUGUUUUGAAGAAAAGUCAUCAUGCAAAGAGUGGAUUCAGAAAUCCUUGGGAAUCUUUUCGCGAUAUGGAUUCGAAAGAUAUCAUGCAAAUGAUGAUCCUUCGUCGAUUGAACGGCAAAGCGAACUCCCCCGAUACCACCCCGCCAACCGUCACCGUUCGCAAGCCCGAAUUUCUUCCCAGCCGAGAGACCCCCAAGCUGCGCGCAACUUGGCUUGGACAUGCCUGCUACUAUGUGGAGUUCCCAAGCGGUCUCCGAGUACUGUUUGACCCUGUGUUCGAAGCGCGUUGUGGACCAUGCUGUGGACCAUAUUCUCUGGGCCCCAAGCGCUAUACCGAGCCUCCAUGUCAGAUCAAGGAUAUCCCUGUCAUCGAUGUAGUGGUAAUCUCCCACAAUCACUACGACCAUCUGUCCUACCCAACUGUCUCGGAGAUCGCGAAAAGACACCCCAAUUGCCACUUCUUCGCACCCCUAGGCAACAAGUCCUGGUUCCACAGCUCAGGCAUCAAAAAUGUAACCGAGAUGGAUUGGUGGGAUGAGCGUGAUAUUGCGAUGUCACCCAAGGAGGGAAAGCAACCCCAGGUUGAACCGGUAGGCGAAGCUUCCGCCGCAGCAGAGAUCAAGGCCCGCAUCAGUUGUCUGCCUUGUCAGCAUAUUACUGCCCGCACUCCUUUCGACAAGUACAAGACACUAUGGGCUUCCUGGGCCAUUGAGUCUGGUGGUAGCAAGGUGUAUUUUGCUGGUGAUUCCGGCUACAGGGCAGUGGACGAGCUGCCAGAAGGGGAGGAUGAUUGGGACCCCAAGUACAAUUUCCCCAUAUGUCCUGCCUUCGAGCAGGUAGGUGAGUUCCGGGGACCAUUUGAUCUCGGCUUGAUCCCCAUUGGAGCAUACGCUCCUCGUCAUAUUUUCAGUCCAGCACAUUCUGACCCCCAUGAUGCUGUUCGCAUUUUCAAAGACACCAAAUGCAAAAAGGCAUUGGGCAUGCACUGGGGCACUUGGGUACUUACUGAGGAGGAUGUGCUUGAGCCUCCCAAGAAGCUCAAGGAGGCGCUAAAGAAACAUGAUCUCGCUGAGAAUGGUGUUUUUGAUGUUUGUGAUAUUGGAGAGAGCCGAGAGUUUUGA